AUGCCUUCAAUUCGCAUAAAUCCACAGGCAUCACCCGCUGCCAUAAACCCAGCAGCAUCACUAUCGCCCAACCUCUCCCACCCACUUACCAACCCUCUCCCGCGACUCCUCCAAACACCAUCCGGACUAGCCUUCCUCGAACUCCAAGGGACUAUCAACCUCCCCUCGAACCAUUCGAAUGAUGGUUCAUAUAACGAAGAGUCACAUUCACCAAAGGGGAACACCUUUGAAACCCCGGUCGGGAAACUCAUGUUCCCGGAUUACUCAGCUCUGAAUCCCGACGACACGAAAUGGAUGAAGCGCGCAUAUUUGUAUGUUGGUCGAUACCAACGCAUGACGGGAGAAGUGAAGAAAUUGCCUCGGCCAAUUGCUGUGCUACAAAGGCAAGAGUCUUCAGAUGCGCCUCCUAACGCGGAGGUGGAGGAGCUGGAAGUUCUUGAGAUUGUGCGGUAUAAGAUCUUGUUUAAGAAUCGGCCAGAGCCUGUCAAUGAUGUCUGA